CUGUCUAACACGAAAAUGUCGUUUGUUAGGGGUCUCCAGAGGGUAAAAGCUGCUUUAAAUCUCCGUGGAAGCAUUGGUUUCAGGAGUCUCACGUCAAACGGAGCUUAUCACAAAGAUGACAUGGUCGUGAAAAUGGAGAAUCCUUACAGAGAGUCUCCAAAAGUCUGCGUUCUCUGCAAAAUCCCUGUAGACUUUAAAAACGUACAGCUGCUGUCUCAGUUCGUCUCUCCGCACACAGGCAGGAUUUACGGCCGACACAUCACAGGUUUAUGUGGAGUAAAACAGAAGCAAAUCACUAAAGCUAUAAAGAAGGCUCGAUCAAUGGGUUUCAUGCCAGUGACCAACAAACAUCCUCAGUUAAUGAACGAUCCCCAAAUCUGUGACAUCAAAACUGUGGCUUAGAGGAUCAUUCUAAAUUUUGUGUAUUAAAAUGUGUGUGCUGUGUGGAACCAGACUUGUCACACCAUGACUCAGUUUGUCUUUGUAAUAAAUCUUAAAACAUGCAAACACUGGUUUCAUCAUGUCGAAUCUGUUUUGACUCAGAUUAAAACACUUUGACCCUC